CGAGAGAGGCGCGGAGGGAGGGAAAACAGGCCCCUCCCCCCCCCGCGCGAGGAGCCGCAGACGGCGACAGGACGGAGAGGGGAGAGCAAUACGACUUGUCAUCUGACCGACGGGACCUUUACAGACGCACGCACACUUGUUUUUCUCUCGCCGCCGCUCUCCGACCGCUGUCUUCUUCUUCUUCGGCGGGGACCUUUUGCCAUAUCGCCUCGCAAAGCCAGUCGGGGGCAGCAGCGAAGAAGAAGGGAAGAAGUCGCGGCGCGCUGUUCUUCCAACUUCAGCCGCAUCUCGGCCCGGCCGACCCAGUCGUCUUCCCUCCGACCGUGGUGUGUUUGUUAUGGACUCAAGUCGCUGCGCGGACUGACCCCCACACCCCACCCCGCCCCCACCCCGCCUCGCCUCGCCUCGCCACACAAGCCCGGCGCCGGAGUCUUACAGCGGACUAUAACAACAACAACAACAACAACAACAACAACAACACCUGUACCGCUGCGCCCAGUUACCGGAAUACUUCUACGUGAAAAUGAGACGACGUGGGGUCCAGCACACAACCGACAACAAGUAAAAGGUGUUCCGGCCAGUUUUUCAAGAUCACCAUUUGCACCCGAGCUUUCGUACUACAGACCCCCAUCCGACCGAGGAUGUCCAGGCAGCUCUCUCAGCUUUUGACUCCUGACCUCCCAGCUGGCGCGAGCCCGCAGUUCGGGAUUUGCUCUCAGCCCGGAGGCUCCCUCACGGGUGGGAACCUGAACUCCAUGACAGGUCUUAAGUCCCUCCUGCAGCAUCCCAUGAAGGGGGAUCAGCGAGUAAAAACUCCAUGCGAUGUCAAAGACAAAGACAGAUCUCUGGACCUGGACGAGGACUCGUUGGGGGUGUGCUCCAUGAGGAACGGGAAUGGAAUAAGCAGCAACAACAACAACAACAACAACAACAACAACAGCAGCAGUAAUAACUGUGGGGGAAGCGGGGGCAAUGGCGGCGGAGGCUUCAACCAGUUCCUGGGGUCCCUCCUGUGGGACCGGACCCUGCCCGCGGACGGGGGCCUGUUCCAGCUGCAGUACAUGGACUUGGAAGAGUUUCUGACAGAUAACGGCAUGGCCAGUGUCCACAACAACAACUCCAGCUCGGCCCAGAUCCCUUCGCAGAGCUCCCAGUCGGCCAUGCCCAACCAGAGCUCUCAGUGCCCACCGUCCUCACCUCCGCCCUGCUCGUCGUCCUCCUCCUCCUCCUCCUCUUCCUCCUCCUCCUCCUCUUCCUCCCCUUCACUCAUUGGCCUGGAAGUGGCACAGCCGCAGAGCUUGCUGGGAGGAGCCGACUGUCUACACGGCAACCAGACGAGUAUGAACGACUCCUGUGAGUCACCCUCCUCCUCCUCCUCCUCCUCCUCCUCCUCCUCCUCGUCUUCCUGUGCGCCCAUGCUCACGCCCACGGGCAGCGGGCCCGAUGUGAUGGGAAUGUUUGACAUGGAUUCUUCGGACAUGGCGCUGUCCAGCGUCCCCGGCCAGGAGAGCUUCGACCCCAGGAGGCACCGCUUCACUGAGGAGGAGCUCAAGCCACAGCCCAUGAUCAAGAAGGCGCGCAAGAUGCUGGUACCCGAUGACAUGAAGGAUGAAAAGUACUGGUCCAGGAGGUGUAAAAACAACGAGGCAGCAAAGCGCUCCCGUGACGCUCGCCGUCUCAAGGAGAACCAGAUAUCGGUGCGCGCCGCCUACCUGGAGAGGGAGAACGCCGCUCUCAGACAGGAAGUGGCCGAGAUGCGGAAGGAACUUGGCCGCUGUCGCAACAUCCUUAGUAAAUACGAGAACCGUCUCGGCGACCAGUGAUGAAAGGGAGGAACGAAGAGCGGAGACGAAGAUUAAACUAGGUGGAUCAAAAGGACUCUCGUUUUUAGGAUGGGAUGAUGGACAGAAUUGGGUUGUGAUGAUGAUGAUGAUUAUGGUCCUGAUGAUGAGGAGGAGGAGGAGGAGGAGAAUGAUGAUGAAUGUAUGAGACAAGGAGAAGGGUUUAUAUAUAAAUAUAUAUCGAAGCUCAGGUGUCUUAUUUUGUUGAGGUGUCAGUGGACGGUCCUAAAAGGUGACGGACAGAGGGAUUAAUCAAGAGAGACGAACGACGUGACCUUUAAGGGUUUUGUUAUUGGAGAUAUGUAUAUUUUUAUAAUACUAAAGUAAAAUUAGCUUGAGAGCAAAUUUGGAGAUUAAUUUUUGUAUAUUUUCUACAUGACUGGGACAUAGAGACAUGGAACGCAAUGUUAAAUAUCUUUUCAAUGUAGAUUAGUGGGGAGAUGGUAUAUUGAGGAUGCAGUCAACCUUAGUUGGGUAUCUUUUUUUCUUUUUUUUCUUGGACUUGAUUGGAGUGAGGAUGCAGCGACGGGGGGGGGGGGCUGGACAUUUCAGUUGUAAAUUUAAGAGAGCAAAAUGAUCUUUAAAUUGUAUAGUUUUUGUGGAUUUUACUCGAGCACUCGGGUUUUUCCCCCGGCUAUGUUUGUGUCACCGGGAACGGGCAUGAAGAGACUGGGAGUGAGAGAGAACGGUGGAUGGCAUGUGCGAAGUCGUGCACUAUCCUCACUACUUUGUCCUUUGCAAGUGAGUGCAAAAAAAAAAAAAAAAAAGUUUUACAUUUUUGCUAUACACUAUUUAAUUUACUUGGUGCUUAGGUUCCCUAUUGACCAUGCACAGUAAUCUGUCACAUUAGGAUUAUUCCAGUUUCACACAGGGUAAAAUCUCGUGAAAUCGGUGUGGGCUCGUCAAGCCCGUGCUCACAUCGAACCAUUUCUCUCUCUCCUCUUCUGUUGUCGAAUGCUUCGGCUCCACUCCGUUGUUUGAUAUUUCACCUAAAAUGGUGCCGGGCUGGGUUGUGUUGCCCCCAGGUAACGCGGGGUCUUCCUGUUCUCCUCUUCUGAAUUGUUAUGUCACCACCACCCUCCCUCUGUGUCUGUAUCUGUAGCUCAACUGAUCCAUCUCCAGCUGCGCUCACUCUCAUCCAGUCUCCACACAUUUUUCAAAGCAUAAGCUUCCCGCGGCAUCUUGUCCGAUGUCUUGAUGCAUGCUCAGUAAUCCAGCUGAGAAGAUCAAAGAAGGCUGAAUCAGUUUAUCUGGAUACAAUGUUUAUUGCCAGAUACGUUUCAUCACUCAAAUCCAUCUGGAUACAAUGUUUAUCUGGAUACAAUGUUUAUCUGGAUACAAUGGUUGUCGACAGAUACGUUUCAUCACAUUUCAAAUGUAUCUGUCGAUAAGCAUUGUAUCUAGAUAAGCAUUGUAUCUAGAUAAGCAUUGUAUCCAGAUGAACAUUGUAUCCAGAUGAACAUUGUGUCCAGAUAAACAUUGUAUCCAGAUGAACAUUGUAUCCAGAUAAGCAUUGUAUCCAGAUAAACAGUGUAUCCAGAUGAACAGUGUAUCCAGAUAAACAUUGUAUCCAGAUAAACAUUGUAUCCAGAUGGACAGUGAAUCCAAAUGAACAUUGUAUCCAGAUAAGCAUUGUAUCCAGAUAAACAGUGUAUCCAGAUAAACAUUGUAUCCAGAUGAACACUGUGUCCAGAUAGAUAUUGUAUCCAGAUGAACUGAUCCAGCCUUCUUUGAUCUUCUUGCCCUAUGUAUAUGUAUGCUGGUACAUAGCCUAGUCGCAUCCCGGCGUCCUUAACACACUCUUGACAUAAUCCCAUCAGCCACCCCAGGAGAGCGCACCUUGAUUUUACUGUACUUUAUUAGUGAGCUUAAAUUCAUCGAGCGUCAGUAUUUGUGGAUUUAAGUGAAACGUGUUGUCAAUAUUGGGUAGGCCCGUACGGGCUCUUGUGUGUUUGGUGGAGGUCUACAAACAGGUGAUUGAGUGGUGAGAUGAGUGUGUAAGCAUGCGUAUGAAAGUGAAAUCCCAGGAGAUGGGUUUGGUGAUUCCAUUGAUUGGAAUGAUGUUGAUUUCUCAGAUUUCUGGGAUAAAUAAUAGCCAAAAGUUCCUUACAUUGAUUCACAAAGCUUGUUGAUAUGUAUUUUUUUGGUUUUUUUUUUUUGCUGUUCUUUCUAUACAGUGGUCCUGACUGUUUACUCUUGUCUAUCAGCAUCUCUGUGUGCCCCCCCCCCCCACCGACACGGGGGGGGGCGGCACGGUACAUCACCUAGUAUGUUCCCUGGCCAAACCAGUGAUAGACUCGUUAUUUUUUUUUUUUUAUCCCCUCAAUGACCAUGUUGAAUAGCUACCAUACUACUAUGAUUAUUGUUACGAUUAUGAUUGUUAUCCCUCUUUGUUGUUGCUCUUCUGUAUUACUGAACGAUUCUCUUUGUUUUGGACGGACACAAUCCGCUGCACCUUGAAACGUCUCGGUCUCAAAAAGGCUCCUCAGAGAGACUCGUUCUGCUCGGUGCUCCCGGACGGACUCCACAUUCAGCUGAACUCGGCUGGCCCCCAGCCCCCCCACCCCCACCCCCCCUCGAGGACGGCCGUCUUUUCUCGGUUCCUCUCUUGUCGCCCGCGGCCUCCUCAGGCCACGGCGGUUCAUCGGACACUCUGGAGACGGACGCCGCGCAGACUCACUUUAACCUGCCAUCGCAGCGGGCCGCUCCGUUCUCCAGCUUUGUAUGGACUAUGCACACUAUCUACAUAUUUCUUGUUGGUUUAUUUCUGCCUCCCCACCCCCACCCCACCCCCACCCAGCCCCCUGUUUUUACCUCAAUCAAGUGAUCGUUCGCUCUCCCAACAGGAUGUAGUCUCUCUAAUACCCUCACAGAUGUGGUUAAUAACUCUGUAGUGACUCUAAUUGAAUGGUAACUACCCCGCUGUGUCAGUGGUGUCCAUGUUGCCCAGCCCGUCGGGCGCUGGUGUUUUUGGAUGUAGUUCAGAUUUCCCGAAAAACACCAAUAAAAGAUUGUUCUCA